AUGAAGCUUACGGCAGCCCUCACUACCACGCUGAUGGCUACCAGCAGCUCUGCCACCCUUUUCGACAAGUGGUCUCCAUGGGGCAAGAGAGACUAUGCCUGUAUCAACGUCGUCCAAGGCAUCCCGGAAAACGCGACGAUAGCGGCAGGAACAACGGUCGACAUCGUCUUCGACCGUCACAGCGGCCGCUGCUCUAUCCCCGAUGACGCCAAAGCCGGCCCAUACAACGUGUGGUUAGCGAACAAUCCCGUCAUCGUGCCCAACGGUGUCCACACCGAUUACUAUGCUAAAAUUGCCGGUCCCUUCCCCGAGUCCGAGGGCAGGAUCUCCGUGACAAUCCCGAGGGAUCUGCCUGCGGUCCAGGCCGAGACUCUUUGGUAUCUGCGUCUUGAUACCGAUUUGCCUGAUACCCCCCAGAUGCCUAGUCUUUUCUACGUGCAGGGUCCUUUCAGGAUCACGGAAUAG